UGCUGUGCCAUCACUAACAAAAAUAAUCAAAAUAAAUUAAUUUCAAUUUAAUUGCACCGCGAAUAUGCAACCGCUGCACCACCGCCCCCCGCCUCCGCCCCUGUGACAGUGUGCAGCAAUGGCCACGCCCCCGCCGCCCCCCUUUCCAGAUGUGGACGCAGCCGUGGAAGUGGACGCAACAGCAGGCGACGCAACAGCGGAGCAGCCGCAGCCGAAUCCGCAACAGCAGAAGCAGAAGGAGAAGCAGCAAUCGCAGGUGGCCAGGAAUUCGCUGCUCGCGGAUCUGCGGAGAUCGACGAACUUCUGGUUCCGGGCCAAAUCGACGGACGGACUGCAGUUGCUGGCCCAAAGUUGCACCCGGAUUCUGCAACAUGGACUGCUGCAGCCCGUGGAACUGCGUCGACUGGCGGACGACUUUGAGUUCCUCUUGGCGAGUGCGGGAAAUCGCCCCCCCGAUUGCCCCCGAGGAGGAGUCAGUGCAUCCGGAGUGGAGGAGUUCCUGUCCGAGUGGACCAAGCGCUGCCUGCGCGCCCGCUGCCUGUCGCAGUGCCUCCAGUCGCUCGUCGCCGAUCCGGAGCUCAUGGAGCUCUACUAUCCCAGCGAGGAGGCCUUCCUGCGGCGCUCCUCGGAUGCCACCGCCUUGUUCGUCUGCCUCACGGCCGUCCAGCUGAACCAGAGCGGCCUGCUGGGCCAGCUAGAGGUGCGGCAUCAGCUGCGCCAUCGACGCACCUGCUCGCAGCCCAACUUCAGCGUUUCGCCGAGGUUGCAGGUGGUUCCAGAGGAGGAGCAACUGCAGCGGCGCAGCUUCCUGCGGCGUUUGAAGAGCCUGCCUAAUCUCGGCCAGGCGGUGGAGGAGCUGGAAGAGAGGGGAGCCUCCUCCAGGCGGCGCUGCCAAACGUUCAGCAGCUCCAGGAGUCCGAAAAUCAGGGAGGAUAGCUCCUGCUCCAGUCCAGCUAGGCGCAUCCAGCUGAUCAACUGCGAUGACAUCAAGAUCUGGACGGAUCAAACAACUCAAGCUGCGCCAGUGGAGAAGCAGGAGGCAUUAGAAGCACCCAAAACUGCCUCCUCGGUGGGCAGCUAUCUGGGCAGCCUCUUCAGCUCGCCUCCCCUCUACACCAAUUGGUUUCAGCGCGGCGUGGGCGAGGAUUUGAAUGCCUCCGGCGACGGCGGCAUGCUGGACACCUUCCUCCCCGUCAACGGACGCAAGCUGAAGAAGCAGCAGACGCUCUUCGAGGGCGUCAGCAUGCUGGACGAAGCGGCGGCUACGUCGGCGGCUCCCUCGUCGCCCUGGGACAUUCAGGGCUGCUCCUCCACCACCUCCACCUCCAGUUCGGUGAGCCUCACGCCGGGCAGCGCGGACAAGAUGGACCAGCAGUCGCUGGCCUCCUUCCUCCAAAUGUCCCGGCAGACGCACAACAAUACGCAGCUGGAGAAGGAGAAUGCCCACUUUCGGAUCUCGGAGGCCUGCAUCACGGCCAUCGAGCAUGUCAAGUGGAGCAUGUCUGCUAAUCCAGGGGUCCGAAUGAAUCCCUCGGAACCGAAUUUAAUGCCCUAUGUGGAGCAGAUACCAGGUGCUAUCCAAAAUCACAGUGCCGAAGCGGUGGGCCUGCAACUAAUCAGCCGCUUUAGCGACCAACAGCUGCCGCGUUUGGGCCACCUCAAGUGGUUGGUUUCGGAGCAGGAGGCACCGCAGCAACUGCUGCCGCUGCCCCUGCCAAAGGAGGAGCAGGCUAGCCUCACCAGAGGCACCUCCAGCUGGGCGCCGCCGCGCCAGCAGAUCAUCUUCACCGAACAUCCCGCCGAGAAUCGCGGCAAGCUGCUCGAGAAACAAAACCACCGCUGUGCCGGCUGCGGAAUGCGGGUGGCGAAGCAUCUGCAGCAGCACUUUCGCUACUGCAGCUACCUGGGGAAAUAUCUGUGCACCGGGUGCCAUCGCAACCAGAUCUCGGCGAUACCCGCCCGCAUCCUGCGCUCCUGGGACUUUCGCUGCUAUCCGGUGUGCUCCUUCGCCUACCGCCUCAUCGAGCAGAUGUACGCCUUUCCGCUCUUCCACGUCCCCGAUCUGAAUGCCCAGCUCUACAGGCACAAGGAGCUGGCCAAGGCGCGCAGGAAGCGACUGCAGCUUAGGGCGGUCAAGGGAUUCAUAGCCAAUUGUCGGUUUGCAACGAGGGAGCAGGCCUUCUUCACGGCCAUUCCGGCGCACAUCACCCAGGAUCCGGACAUGUGGUCCAUGUGCGACUUCGUGGACGUGCAGAACACCAGCAUGAAUCGCUCUAUCAAGGAGGUGAUUGCUCUCAGCGAGCAGCAUGUCCACAACUGCGUGCUUUGCACGGGUCGUGCCUUCCUCUGCGAGCACUGCAAGGGCGGCGAACUGAUUUACCCGUGGCAGCGGAAGGUGCAGCGAUGCGAGAGAUGCGGCGCCUGCUUCCACAACGCCUGCUGGAAGAUCAGCAGUCGGAGCCGCAGCCUCGUCGACCCCUGUCCCCGGUGCUCCCGUCUCCAGAAUCGAGCCAGCUAGCAUCCGGUCAACGUGGAGUUGGGAAAACAACCCAAAAAUCGAAGGGGUGGUUAGAAAGUGAAGCCAAUAUUCGACUUGGAAACUAU